ACCACUGCGGAGGAUGAUCCACUGAAGUGUCGCCAGAAGAAAAGUUUUGUCCCUAAAGGACACGGGUUGCACUGGUCUGCGCAUCCAGAAUUGGGCGCCCAAGCCGCAGCAAGUUCAUCGAAUGAAUCGGAGUCUGGGAGCUGUCGCCAGAAGAAAAGUUUUGUCCCUAAAGGACACGGGUUGCACUGGUCUGUGCAUCCAGAAUUGGGCGCCCAAGCCGCAGCAAGUUCAUCGAAUGAAUCGGAGUCUGGAAGCGUUAUUGUCAAUGGAAGAACAGCUGCGCCUGAUGAAGCGGGCUCGUCGUCGCCUUCGUCCUCCGGCAUUGUAGCCGAUAUCAAUGAUUCAAAUGGUGAAAGUAAUCAGAGGACAUCUGCAACAUCGUCAUCACUCUCAUCAUGCGAACCAUUAUCAGAACUUAUGGAAUCUAGCUAUGACACUCCACGACCAGGACGAACAUUUCGAUCUCGAGCUGAAGAUGCGGCAGCGGUAAACCAGGAUUACUAUCAACACCACUUAUCGUUUGGAGUACCUUCUGGUACCGGGGCAAUAGCCCAGCGAGCUCAGCUUGGACAAAUUCGCGAACCGGGGCGCCUAAUGAUGCCAACAUUGGAAGAGAAAGCAGAGCCAAGCAGUAGUACAUCCGUUUUACAGAAUGUUUUCAACGGUUUGUCCGGAUCUAGCAGUAGUACGAAUUCUGCCCCUCUUGUCGCUUCUGCAUCUAGCUCGACCAUCAACGACGACGAAGAGACGAAGUUUAAUCAUUCAUUCAGUUCUGACAAUGGACGAGGCUUCGGCACCAGGAAUUUCACAGUACCGAAGCAAGCCACAGCAUAUGCAAGCAACAAGUACAGUUCGGAUAAUUCAUUUAGGUAUGGCGGCAGUGUUGCACCGGAAUUAUCAACCAGAUAUCGUUCCUUGGAAAGCGGUGUGUGCAGUUUGGUAGGCGACGAAAACACAACGACAAGGAAACAGACAAUUUGUUCAAAAUUGACCGAAAAGUACAGGCUUAUCGAUAUCGCUGUUAAGAAACUGGAUGAGGUUUGUUACGCUCCGGCAGAGUGCCAGUUAUAA